CCUAAAACCAAUUCCAAAUUAUGGUCAUCCUCAGCCCCAUCCCCGGAAAUUGGAAUUAUUGUCCACGCCUCAGGAGGAUUUUGGGGGAUUUUUCCCUCCCUCCUUUGUUUCUUUUUUUCUUUGGAAAGGUCUCCAGCAUGACAAAAACACCUGUUCAGGCGCGAUAUGGCUUUCCAUAUAUUUAUAACCGUGGGUUCCCUCUGUCCUUGGGGGUUUUACCUCCGUUGAUCUACACCCUCCAAACCCUUCUUUUAAUUCCCAUGAUCGAAGAUUGAUCACUAUUAAGAACUCCUUUUCAGUUCCCCAUAUAUAUUAAACCAUGGGUCUUUGGGAAUCUUCAUUGGUACUGACCUCACCCCAACUGGGGGGAGAUCACACUUACACCGACUUAUUGACCUUUGCUUUCAGUGGCCCUCAACCCUACGAUGAACAACGGCCAUUGUUCAUUGAUGCCGAGCAUCCUUCAUACUCCCUCAAUGCCCUCCAAUUCAGACUAUUGGUGCGGACUCUUAUUGCUGGGUUAAAGGCUCAUAAUGUGCAAAAAGGUGAUUGUGUUCUGGUCCACAUGGGGAACAGUAUCAUAUACCCCGCCCUCUUCUACGGCAUCAUCGGCGCUGGCGGUGUGUUCAUGGGCUCGAAUGCCCGCAGCCAACCCCAAGAAUUAGAACAUAUCCUGGAACUGGGUAAUCCUAAGUUGAUCAUUACAUCCCGCGAUGGCCUGUCCACGGCCCUCAAAGUCGCAGCCGAUCGAGGCAUGCUCCCCAAUCAAUUGUGCUUAGUGGAUGAGUCGGCUACUAGCCAUUUAGUCCAGUUGCUGCUGUUGGGUCCUCUUGCCUUCGCUGCAGCCAUCUCCACUUAUCUGUCUAACAGUGGAGACGGCUGCUAUCUAAACUUCGCACAUCUCCUCGGCUAUGGUGAGUCUCACUGGCUCUCCUUCAACGACGAGGCAGUCGCGAAGUCCACGCCGGCAGCGAUGUUCUCCACCAGCGGCACAGGAGGCUUGCCUAAGGCUGCCAUGCUAUCUCACCACGCUGUAGUAUCCCAUCACCUUAGCAUCCAUUACGAUGUGCCCUAUGAAGUCACCCGGUUAAUGUCGCUGCCCAUGUUCCACCUAUUUGGUGCCCUCUGGACACACAUCUUUCCUAUUCGAUAUGGACAACCGCUGUUCAUCCUAUCCCGCUUUGAUAUUGCCCAGUUCGUGGCGACUGCGUAUCAGUAUCAGAUUACCGAAACGUAUAUGGUGCCUGCAAUGAUCCAUGCCUUCAAUCACUGUGCAUUCCCUGUCGCAGACUACCUCCAGUCGCUGCGGUACGUCGGUGUAGCGGGGGCUCCCAUCGAUGGGGCUUCCAUGCAGCAGUUCCAAGAGCUGCUCCAUGUCGAUGCUCAAGCAUCCCAACUGUGGGGCAUGACUGAAGUGGGUGUUGUUUUCCAAAACCGCUACGGGGAGCCAGGUAAUGGCGGAAGUAUCGGACGACUCGUCCCCGGAUACGAGGUACGGCUGGUUGGACAAGAUGGCAACCUGGUGCUUGAUGAUAACAAGCCCGGGGAGCUGUAUGUGCGUGGUAACGGCCUGCUUAUUGGCUACAAAGGGCGAGAUGACGCCAAGGACACGCAGGGGUGGUUCCGUACCGGUGAUGUGGCGUAUGUGAAUAACGGGUUGCAUUACAUCGUAGGCCGAACAAAGGAGUUGAUCAAAGUUCGAGGUUGGCAAGUGGCCCCUGCGGAGUUGGAGGCUGUACUCCUCAAGCAUCCUGGCAUUGAGGAUGCAGCUGUGACGGGUGUGACUUCCAAAGAUGGUAGCACAGAAGUGCCACGAGCUUUCGUGGUACGUGCAAAGCAUCCGGCCGGGACGCAGUUGACAGCGGAAGAAGUAUACAUGCACUGUCGGCGACAGUUGGCUAGCUACAAGGCACUCGACGGCGGCAUUCUGUUUGUGGAGGAGAUCCCGCGCACGGCGAGCGGGAAGAUCCAACGAUUCAAACUAUCGCAAAUGAACACGUACCGCGAGAUAGUGUCAUCGCUCUUGGCGCGGUUCAAAAGAACUAGUAGCCUCCAAACAGUUGGUCUCCUGCAUCAAGGACGUAUCACCGUUUAGGGGGAUGAUUGCUUUUUCUCUGUUCUUAUGGCGUUCGGCAGGCUUUGCGGAAUUUUGGGAGUUAUUAGUAGAUUUUCCCACAGUUUGG